UUUAGCAGGAACUGUUCUUAUCAAAUCUCCUUCAACUGACAAGUUAAUAUCAAGAUGGGGAACAUGCAUUGCCCUCCUGAGGACGCAGCCCACCUGGCCUCUAUUGCUCAAGACAUCUGCCCUUUGCCAAACUACAACCCCAGUCCUCUUUUCUUCAACAUGCUGUCCAUCAACUCUUCACUUCACCUGAGGAACCACUACACAGCAGUGCAGUCCUCCCUGACCCCCAAGCAGCUGGAGGACUUCACCCAGGGCCUGAGGACCACUUUUGGCAGGGAGGGCAAUGUCACUCUUGGCGGAGUGGGGGUAGUGGCCCUGUCCCUGGCUGUGCUGUUUGACACUCUUGCCAGACAGGUCAGGGGAGAGUCUGUGUCAGACUCAGGGCCCAUUCCAGGUUUAUUUGUCAAAAACCUGAGAGGGUACUACCCACCGCAUAUCUACACAGCCAGUGAGUACCUGAGGCUGGUACCCCACAUUGCAAACAACCCUACCAGGAUGAUAGAGGAGUCAGAGAGGUACCUCAAGCAGUUAGUAAUCGAUCACCAAUCUUUGGACAAAUUGGUAGAAAACCACACAAUGCCGAUAAAAGACGAUACCACAGUAGUCAAUGUGAUGAUGGGACACUUUUUUGCAGUCAGUUUAUCCCUUCACCUAGGCCGCAUCAGAAAUUCUACAGGUAAUCUGUCGGACAUCAAUGCCGAAGCGUCCCCUACAGCUGGUAAUGAGCCAAAGAGUGGAUAUGUACCACAGACAUGGCUGCAGCGUGUUGCCAAGCUAGUAUUGGCAAUGUACUAUCUCAUGUUCAUCCCCGUCCUAACUGGAUAUGCGACUCCUGAUUCAGCAAUUGCUCACAGAGAAGAUUUUGAUCUAAAGGCUGAUGCACUCGUAAAAUGGGUAGAGUAAGAGUAGUUCACUGGCCAAUUUCUCAUAAAAUAAUCCUAUAUUAGUCCCACAGCGGGGGAAUUUACAGCUAGAAAGAAAAGUACUUAAAGUUAAUGUUAAAAAGAAAA